UAAAAGACUAUGAAAGGAUUACAAGGUUUAUUAACCAGAUUCCUACAGAUUUCCUUAGCGGGCUGAUAAAGGCACCUUUAUUAACUGCUUCCGGAAUGUUAUCGCAUGCCUUUCCGUUAUUGUCCGUGGGGUUUAUCACAUGGAACUUCGGGUAUUUCCGGAAAGUUGUUUGUAAACAUGGCAGACGACACUGACACUGCUGCUUUUGUUCAAUCGUUGAAAAACGAUAAUACAGUUAGAAAAACUACGAGUGACAUGAGACUUUUCAACAGAUGGUUAAGAUCCAAUAACGUGAUGAGGUUAGCGGAAGAAAUUCCUGUUACGGAACUAGAUAAAUGUUUGGCUCGUUUCUUCAUGUCAGUGAAAAAAGACGACGAGUCUAACUACGAACCUCAAUCUGUCAGAUCAAUGCAGAGCAGCAUAUCAAGAUAUCUAACAGAGAAAUGUGCAAUAAAUAUAAUGGUUGACAAAGAAUUUCAUCACUCUAGAGAUGUGAUGUCUGCCAAACUGAAACAGCUGAAAUCCAUGGGAAUGGGAGCCAAAAAAAGGAAAGCAGACCCCUUCACAGCUGAGGAAGUUAAUUUACUAUACGAAAAAGAGCUGCUUGGUGCAGGAAAUCCUCAAUCUCUAGUCAGAACUGUUUGGAUGAAUAACACUCUACAUUUUGGUUUACGCUCCCGGGAAGAACACACAACUCUAAGAUGGGGAGACAUCCAAAUGAAGGCAACUACGGACGGGGGGCAGUAUCUAGAACAUACUGAGAGGAUAACCAAAACAAGAAAUGGUGCUAACUUGGACACCCGUGCCUUUCAGGCCAAGAUGUUUGCUGACACAGGUAAUCCUAGAUGUCCUAUACAGACAUAUAAACAGUUUCUUAGAAGAAGACCAGAAGAUAUGGUUGCAGAUGAUUGUCCCUUUUAUUUGGGGUUUUCCAGGCAAAUUAAGGAUGACGGGGUCUGGUUUUCAAGACAAGCUUUAGGAAAGAACACUCUAAGUUCUUUUGUUAAAAAAAUGUGUGAAGACGGUGGUAAUCAGGGUAGAAAAACUAAUCAUAGUGUCAGAAAAACUACUAUCACUGCCUUGGUACAUGAGGACAUACCAGAUACACGCAUAAUGCAGUUGAGUGGACAUAAAAACGUUCAAUCCAUAAACUCCUAUAGCUCAGCAUCAAUUGAACAACAGAAGGAAAUGUCUAAUAUUUUGAGUAAAAUUGGUACAGGGAAAAUAACUUCGGAAAAAAACCCAAGGCCUUUGGAUGAUAACAACAAUGAUAUACCAUCAGAUGAUGAUGCAGAACUUUUGUCUGCUUCCCAAGAAGCCGAACUUUCUUUUGUAUUGAAAGAUAUUUCAAAUUUUGAAUCUAAUUCUAAACCAGUUUCAGCAACAACAACUACAGGAAUAAAUGAAAUGCCAGAAAUAGUACAUGAAAAUCACAAAGGAAAAGCAAUGCAUAUGUUUGCAGGGGCAACUAUUACGGGAAAUGUGACAAUUAAUUUUUCCGACUAAGAACA